AGUAGGGUUUUCUCAAAUACAGGAAGUCAGACUGAUUUCUCCCUUUUCUCAAAAGAAGGACGGUCAUAGGGUAGUUUGGGAGAGCAGCUGGUACAACCUAGAAGUCCGGGUGAGGCUGUUCAGCCAUGAAGCUUGCUGUGCUUUUCUUGGGGGCCUUCCUGGGGCUGCUAGCAGCCCAAGGAACAGGAAAUGACUGUCCUCAUAGGAAAUCUGCCACACUGCUGCCGUCCUUCACGGUGACACCCACAGCUACAGAAAGCACAAGCAGCCCUGGAACGACCAGCCACACAACUACCAAGAGCCACAGAACCACUACUAGAGGCACCAGCCAUGGACCCACAACAGCCACUCACAAUCCUGUCACCACGACAAGCCAUGGAAAUGCCACAGGCACCAGCCAUGGACCCACAACAGCCACUCACAAUCCUGUCACCACGACAAGCCAUGGAAAUGCCACAGGCACCAGCCAUGGACCCACAACAGCCACUCACAAUCCUGUCACCACGACAAGCCAUGGAAAUGCCACAGCCCAUCCAACAAGCAACAGCACUGCCACUAGCCCAGGACCCUCCAGCAGCGCUCCCCACCCAGGACCACCUCCACCUUCUCCAAGUCCUAGCCCAGGCUCCAAGGCAGCUGUAGGAGACUACAGUUGGACUAACGGUUCCCAGCCCUGUGCCCGUCUCCAAGCCCAGAUUCAGAUUCGAGUUCUGUACCCAACCCAAGAUGGAAAAGAGGCUUGGGGCAUCUCUGUACUGAACCCCAACAAAACCAAGGCCCAGGGGGGCUGUGAGGGUGCCCAUCCCCACUUGCUUCUCUCAUUCCCGUAUGGACAGCUCAGCUUUGGAUUCCAGCAGGAGCCACUGCAGAGCACUGUUUACCUGAACUAUAUGGAUGUGGAGUACAAUGUGUCCUUCCCGCAGGCAACAAAGUGGACGUUCUCAGUUCAGAAUUCAUCCCUUCAAGAACUCCAAGCCCCAUUGGGCCAGAGCUUCAGUUGCAGAAACGCAAGCAUCAUUCUUUCACCAGUUUUCCAUCUUGACCUGCUCUUCCUGAAGCUACAAGCUGCUCGCCUACCCCCUAAUGGGGACUUUGGGCCAAGUUUCUCUUGUCCUAGUGACCAGUCCAUCUCACUGCCUCUUAUCAUCGGCCUGAUCGCCCUCGGCCUCCUUGCCCUGGUGCUUGUUAUCUUCUGCAUCUUCCGGAGACGCCCACCCACCUACCAGCCCCUCUGAGCAUUUGUCGCAACACCCAGGGCACCAGGGGAUGCCGUCAUCUCUCACCACUCAACUGACUCAGUGACAAAGUUAUCUUCUUCACUCUCUGACUUGAGGAACAAAAGUAGAGAUAAUGCAAUUGGGAUAACUGAGGGGAGAUGUUUAUUAAAUGUGAAAUUCCUCUUCCCCCAUUCCUAGUGAGAGAAUAAUAAAAGCUACUCAAACUUUGUCUUUGGU